CAGCCUCUCUCAGUACUCCAAUCUUGAAAGGCAAGGAGAGAUAAAAGACUGCAGCCCUUUCAGCUCCUUGUCUCACCCGGGCCCUGGGGACCCUUGUGAGCUAGGGGCGCCUGGUACGACGCCGGCCCUUUAAACCUUUGCCCUCCAGAGUAUCUUCCAUCUCUCCACAAGCGCCACUUCCGACAGCUGGCAGCCGUAGGGAGCACUGAGGAAGGGGGCUGGUACGGGGGCGGUGGCGAGGCCCUGAGAAAGUGCAGGAACAGCUGUGGACACCCCCGACACACAGCCGCAGGGGGCGCCUGGACUGGAGGGUUAACCAUUAACCCUCCACUCCCUUGCUGCCGAGAGCUGCCCUACGCCCCGGCUACCCAGGGUGGGCACCAUGCCCGGCCUGUAUUGCCCUUCCAGCUGGACGCCGCUGCCGCUCACCGACUCCUGUGUCCGGGCCUAUGCCAAAGGACCCUGUCUCAGCCUGCGGGCCCGGCUCACCUACCACAACCCGCAGCCCCAGCCAGUGGACGGCGUGUUCGUGUACCCGCUGGCCGAGGCGGAGGUGGUUUCUGGCUUCGAGGCCGAGGCAGCCGGACGGCGUGUCUCCUUCCAGCUACAGAGCCGGCGCCGCUCUCAGGCCGCUUGCUGCCGCGCUUUGGGGCCCGGACUGGGGACCUCUACGCCCCGCCGCUGCGCACAGGGUCAUCUUGUCUUGGAUCUAGCCCAAGCCCGGUCCACACUGGUGUUGCCUACUGGCCUUGUUGCUGCAGCUGGUACCAUGACAGUGACCCUGUGCAGCAGCCGGGAGUUGCCCUCCAGGCCUGAUGGGGUGAUGCAUGUGGCCCUGCCCACUGUGUUCACCCCACUGGCCCAGCCAGGCCUGCCAGGGUCCCCCAGGUCUCCGGGGCUCUGUGACGACAGCCCCACUGGCUGCUUUGGGGUAGGCAGCCCUGAGGAGGAAGGACUGACCUGGGAGCAACCAAGUGCCCCUCCAGACGUGUUCUCAGGCCCUGCCCACUGUCCUGCUCCAUAUACCUUCUCCUUCGAGAUGCUGGUGACUGGGCCAUGUCUGUUGGCUGGCCUGGAGAGCCCCUCUCAUGCCCUGCGUGUGGAUGCCCUCCCUCAUGCCAGCUCUGCAGCCACUAUCUGUGUCACACUGGCAGAAAGCCAUCAGUGUGAUCGGGCCUUGGAGAUCUUGUUGCACCCCAGUGAACCCCAUCAGCCACACUUGAUGCUGGAGGCUGGCAGCUUGAGCUCAGCAGAGUAUGAGGCCCAAGUGAGGGCCCGCCAUGACUUUCAGAGACUGCAGCGAAGAGACAGUGAUGGAGAACGGCAGGUGUGGUUCCUGCAGCGACGUUUCCAUAAAGACAUCUUGCUGAACCCUGUGCUGGUGCUGAGCUUCUGCCCAGACCUGAGCUCCAAGCCCGGACACCUGAGUGCAGUGACUCGGGAGCUCCUCUUCCUGUUGGAUGGCAGCUGUGCGGUCCACAAGGAUGCCAUUGUUUUGGCUGUAAAAUCCCUCCCAGCUCAGACACUUGUCAACCUAGCCACGUUUGGGACAUUGGUGCAGCCACUCUUCCCUGAGAGCCGGUCCUGCAGUGAUGAUGCUGUGCAGCUGAUGUGUGAGAGCCUUGAGACUCUUCAGGCUGUGAGUGGUCCCCCGGAUGUGGUGGCUGCAUUGGAUUGGGCCUUAGGGCAACCCCAGCACAGGGCCCAUCCCCGACAGCUGUUCCUCAUCACUGCUGCCUCACCAGUGGCUGCCACUACCCACCAAGCCCUGGAGCUCAUGAGGUGGCACAGAGGGGUGGCCAGGUGCUUCUCCUUUGCUUUGGCACCUGCCUGCCACCAGCUGCUCCACAGCUUGUCUGUCCUCAGCAGGGGACAGGCCUACUUCCUGAGGCCUGGGGAGAGAUUGCAGCCUAAGCUGGUGCAGGCUCUGCGAAAGGCACUGGAACCUGCUUUGAGUGACAUUUCCGUGGACUGGUUUGUACCUGAUGCUGUGGAGGCCCUGCUGACCCCCCGGGAGAUCCCAGCACUCUACCCUGGGGACCAGCUGCUUGGCUACUGCUCACUUUUCAGGGUGGAUGGCUUCCGGUCCUGUGCUCCAGGGGGCCAACAGCCUGGUUGGCAGAGCUUGGGCGGUUCAGUGUUUCCAUCUCCAGAGGAGGCAUUAUCUGUCACCAGCCCUGGCACUGAGCCCACACAUACCACAGAGCCACUGAGAACAGGCACUGUGUCAGCAGAGCUGUCGAGCCCAUGGGGUGUAGGCAACUCAGAGCAGACAGGCAUGGAAAUUCUGACAGACCCAGUCACAGAACCUGGACCCAAUCCGUCCUCUGACACAGCUAUAUGGCGUCGCAUCUUCCAGUCUUCAUACAUCCGGGAGCAGUAUGUGCUUACCCACUGCUCUGCCAGCCCUGAGCCGGGCCCAGGCUCCACUUGCAGCAGUGAGUCCCCAGGUUCCCAGGGCCCUGGCUCCCCCAAUGGUAGCCUCCCCCGGGAUCCCCCUUCUCAGCAGGGCUGCCGAAGCCUGGCCUGGAUAGAACCUGCGGGCUCUCGCUCUUGCCCCCUGCCUGUAUCCCCACCAGCUCCAUUCAAGGUGGGAGCCUUGAGCACUGAGGUGCUAGGCCGUAGGCACAGAGCAGCUCUGGCUGGGCGAAGUCUCUCAUCUCCCUCAGGACAGACAAACCCAGUCCCUGGUAGACCCCGGCAUCCCUCUCUAGAUGCAAUACCAGAUGGAACAGGCCCCGAGCCAGGACAACAGCUGGGUCAGGGCAUAGAUGAUUCAGGUAAGGGUUGGAUGGGAAACUGGGUUUCUGAUGCCAGCUGUGGGGAUGUGGAGCACAGUGCAUGGUGUUGCCUAUAUCCCUGGCAUCUCUCCCCAGGAAACCUGCUCUCCCCAGCCCCCUUGGACUGGGAUAUGUUGAUGGAACCAUCUUUCUUAUUCAAGGCUAUGCCACCCAAUGGGGAAUCAGCCUCUGCAGCAGAGCCUCUGCCUCCCCAGGCGCCACAUUGUCAUGUGGUGAUCAGGGCCCUGUGUGGGGAACAGCCAAUGUGCUGGGAGGUGGGUAUAGGGCUGGAGGAGCUCUGGGAACCUGGGGAUGGCUCACAGCCUGCAACAGAAGCUGCAUGGAAUCAGGCACUCCACCGGCUGACGGCAGCCUCUGUGGUGCGGGACAACGAACAGCUGGCUCUCCGUGGAAGGGCAGAGUCCACAGCUGAGCAGGGCCGAGUCAGAAGGUCCUGGCUUCGAGCCGUUCAGACAAGCAAGGCCAGCUCUGCUCCAUCCCACUUUACCUGCCCUGUUGCUGUAGAUGCUUCCACUAGGGAGGUCUUGCCCGGAGGCCUGCAGGUGUGGAGUUCAGAUCCAGAUGAGCUCUCAGGUAUUUCUGCCUCUCAAGACCAUCUAGCUGCAGCUCCUCUGCCCACAGAAGCCCCCUCUAAAGGGCAUCAGGAAGGCUCUUCUGCAGGUGCCUGGAACAUGGAUCUAAAUGACAACUCCAAGUCAGCAUUGGGGGGGCCCAUAUCUCCUACUGGAGGUCAUCAUGGCUUGCCCCACCAGCCUUCAGUAUCUUCCAGGCUCAGCCUGGGUCAUCACCGCAGACUCUGCAGCUCCAACAAGGGCCAGGCUAGUGAGAGCAGCAGUGAUGGCAGCAACCACGACUACCUGCCUUUGGUGCGAUUACAAGAGGCACCAGGCUCCUUCCGCCUGGACGAACCCUUCUGUGCAGCCGUGUGCAUUCCUCAAGAACGCCUGUGCCGAGCUUCCCCCUUUGCUGCACACCGUGCCAACCUCAGCCCCACCUCAGCCUCAUCUCCUUGGGCACUUCUGGGCUCUGGUAUUGGCCAGGGUGACAGUGCCACAGCUUCCUGCAGCCAGUCCCCCAGCUCAGGCUCUGGGGGUCCAGGCCAGAUUGACAGUGGACGGGGCUCAGAUACUGAAGUCUCAGAAGGAAUGGAAAGGCAUGGCAGCUCUGAUCUGCGGGGCCGCACCUGGGCCACGGCAGUGGCCCUGGCAUGGUUGGAGCACCGCUGCGCAGCUGCUUUUGGUGAGUGGGAACUGACAGCAUCCAAAGCUGAUUGCUGGCUGAGGGCCCAACACCUGCCUGAUGGCCUUGAUCUGACUGCUCUCAAAGCUGCUGCCCGGGGGCUCUUUCUGUUACUGAGACACUGGGACCAGAAUCUGCAGCUACACUUGCUGUGUUACAGCCCUGCAAAUGUGUAAGGUUGCCCGCAGCUCUGGCUAGCGACCCCCGACACAGUCACUGCCACCCAGGGCCAGUCUCUUGGUGCUGGGGAAGAAA